GCCCUGCAGAGCGCUGCAUAUCUGACAUUUCUCUCUCAAACUCCAACCAGCUCUGUUCUCAUCUGCAAGCUUCUGGAAGACAAGAGGAGGAAGACGUCUCCGUGUUGGCUGCCCAGAACACCUGACCCGAGCUCGCCUCCAGACGACUGGUUUCACCUCCUCACGGCAGCCUGAGCAGCCUCGGCCCAGCUCCCGCUCAGCCCACGCAGGCCCGGCAGCCUGACCGAGCUCCCUCCCGUCCUCGUCCGUCCGAGCAAAAUCUAACCGGCCCGCCGUCUCCAUGGAGCGCGUCCAGCACAUGACCAAGUCGGCCAUCCGCCGAGCGUCUCAGAUCGAGGUGAACCCGCAGGCCAAGCGCAACCUGCAGGAGCUGUUUGUCAACUUCACCCUCAUCCUCAUCUGCCUGCUCCUCAUUUACAUCAUUGUCCUGCUGAGCAGCUGAGGGCAGCGGGGCCACGCGGAGAGAGUUUGGCGAGGCCGCGCCGCGGACGAGGGUUCGGCUGAGAUAUGGGCUUCACUGAUACACACAGGUUAAGAUUCCUGCUAGAGCAAUACCAUUACUCCCAUAUGUCAGCCUAACCCUGCUGGGAAGGAUCAUGGAGGAAAAAUGAAUCCAUGUGAAAACGAUCAAGGCCAAACUCUCUGAAAUUGCACCUAUCAGAGCUGAUCGGGGAUCAGCUCCCGUGGCUUUCUUUCUUAAGGGAAUGAUAAAAAGUGACCCAGCUUCAGCAGUUUAGACUUCACUGAUAUACUGUAUGUAUUUACAUCCGCCUGCAGCUCAGUCAGACUAAAAGCCUGCUAACAUUAUGAUGCAUUUUUUUUGGGUGACCUGCACUCCCUGCAGCAGAAAUGAUCUUUUCCCCAUUUGCAUUUUUUACUUCCUCCUUUGCUGUCCACUGCCAGACACCGCAGACAGACGGUAGAAACACAUGACGUAAAGUCUGUGACAUCAGGUUCCCGGUGACUGCCAUCCUGGCUGAGUGUGAUAGGCCAAGACAUCCAAUCACUGAGCUUAAGCUUUUUUACAUGCAAUUCUGGGUUAAUUUGGGUUAAUUUGGAAAGUAUGGUGCUGUUUGCUCCAACUCUGAUUCACUGGCUUCUCCUUGCAAGGUUCAUGGGAAGGCCUGUUGAAGUAUUUAACCAUCUGUCAUGGCAAGCUGACAAAUUAAAGGUGACGACAAUUACAAUUUAAACUGACGGCCAUGACAUGAACCAACAGGACUGCUGUUAUCCGGGAGAGUCGUGUGUUUCUAUGCUGAGGAUAAUAAAGGAUAUCAUUUAAAAAAAAAAACAUUCUAAAAUGGGAAUUCGGAAAUGGGAAAACACGCAACCCUAUUGAAAAAGGAGGACUCUGGCGCACCCUAGUGGAUGUUUUAAAAAGACACAAUGGGACAGCAAAGCAUGGCACUAAAAAAUGUCCACGCUCCUCUGUUUUAUGGAACAAAGAUUCAAGGCACACGUCCAAAGAAUUCAAAUCAAGUAUUGAGAUCUAUUUUAAAAAAUCGGACAUAAUUAGGGACUUUCAUUGUUUUAGACUGACAUCUAGUGGCUGUUAGGGGAACUGCCGUUUAAGAUGCUUGCAGGCUAAUUUCGUCUCUCAGCCAUGCUGGUUGCUGAAGGCAGGGAGCAGUCAUCUCCAGGUAUAGCAGUGGAGCAGCACCAUCUGCAACCCUGAACAUCACCUUUCAAAGUCUGUCACCAGAAUUUAAAUUAGAAUAUGAAAUCUAACACAAAUAUCCAUUAAACCCUUAGCGUGUAAUUUCCACCACUAUGGGUCUGUCAGUCAAAACAGUAACAAAAGAUGGAGUUUGAUGAUGUUGUGAAGCAGUGUGGGAUCAUGGGAGUUCCUUCUUCGCCCUCUGGAGGUGUCCUGUGGUGCUUCCUGUUUCCCAGGAAGUUAUAGCACAGGUAGAUAUGACGCCAUUGACAGGCGGCCAAAUGAAACGCACCGUUAUGUUGAAUAAAAUGACGUUUUUAGACAUUUUUAUGAGGUAAUGUGACACAUUCUGCCUGUUUGAUGAACUGCUCGAGGGCGAGGGGAAUUGGAAGUCGUAUUCGACCCAUCAGCCAUCAAAGAUGAUUGAUUUUUGAGUGAGCUGAUGGAAGUCAUUUGGCUGCCUGUCAGCUUACUCCCAAUUCUGUAGCAGGUCUGACAUUACUCUCCUACAGUCUGACUUAUUCUAGCUUCACAUCUAUAAAAAAAAUGCACUUAAAAGUUAUUCAAAGCACUGUAGUCCUAUAAAGUAUGUGAAGUCUAGAUAGAGCAGCUCACCUGCAGGUUUUUCUGAUGGGCUUCAUCACCAUCUCAACUGUGUAACUGGGUUAUUUUACUUCAGAGAUCAGUUUGUCUGGAAGUGACACACACGCCACACACAACCUCUGCUAUAGGCCUGACAUAUACAUGCAGUUUAUCAGUUGUGAAGAAAAUGUAACUUUGCAUGGUGUGAAUUCACUUAAUGACUUUUUCUGUUUAUUCCAUCAAAGUUUCUCUUUAGUCGACGCUGAUAUUUUUGGUUAAAUGUAGCACAAGUGCCCCGAUGGGGCAGUGACAGCGUAGAAAAUAAAGUGUAAAGUCUGAUUCCUACAUCUCAAGUGCAUUAUAAAUCAUCUAUUCUAUACAGUAACUACAACCUUGCAUCACUGUUUUUGAGAGGACAAUUUUAACAACUUACCAGUCACAAAUUCAUACAAUGUAAAUGUAGAAAUGACUUUAAAUUUGGGAUUAGAACUUGUUCUUCUGUGUAUGCUUGGAAGAUUAUACCAUGUGACUUUUAAACCAUGGAACACCAAAGAAAUUGCAUGUCAAUACAAUUAAAGUGGUUUC